GUGGAGGGGGCAGGGCAGGAGCUGGCGCGCGGGGCCUUUGAGGACAGUCCCCUUGGGCUGCUGGUAACAGCUACCCUUGGCCGUGAGCGCUCAGCUGGGCCAGGUGCGUCUCAGCAGCAACAGGUGAGCCUGAAGCCACCUUGGCCUCCUUCAGGCAAGCAGACCCAGAGACACCAGGAAGAUGACCUCCAGGAGUGGAGAGCAGGCAGUUGUCCAAGGGCCCAAGGUGGCUCCCUCCAGGAAUAUGAGCAAGUUCUUGCGGCACUUCACUGUGGUCGGGGAUGACUACCACACCUGGAACAUCAACUACAUGAAAUGGGAGAAUGAGGAGGAGGAGGAAGAAGAGGAGGGAGACAACCAGCUGCCACCAUCACCAGCCUCUGGAGAGGAGGGCAAAGCUAAUGAGCCAGAGGCUGCUGUGGCUCCGGCCCCCACACCCAGGCUCCUCCUGGACUUCAGGAACAAGUUGAGGAAGCUCUUCAGCUCCCACAGGUUUCAGGUCAUCAUCAUCUGCCUGGUGAUUCUGGAUGCUCUCCUGGUGCUCGCCGAGCUCAUCCUGGACCUGAAGAUCAUCAAGAUUCACAACAGCGAUGCCGUCCUGGUGUUUCGCUGCCUGAGCAUUGCCAUCCUGGCCUUCUUUAUGAUGGAAAUUGCCUUUAAACUAUUUGUUUUCCGCCUGGAGUUCUUCCACCACAAGUUUGAAAUCCUGGAUGCCAUUGUGGUGGUGGUUUCAUUCGUCUUUGAUAUUGCUGUCUUGUUCCGGGAGCACGAAUUUGAGGCUCUGGGUCUGUUGAUUUUGCUCCGGCUGUGGCGGGUGGCCCGGAUCAUCAAUGGAAUAAUUAUCUCGGUGAAGACACGUUCAGAAAGGCAGGUGUUAAAGUUAAAACAGAUGAAUAUGCAACUGGCUGCCAAGAUCCAACACCUUGAAUUCAGCUGCUCUGAGAAGGAACAAGAAAUUGAAAGACUUUACAAGCUGCUGAGACAGCAUGGACUUAUUGGAGAAACGAACUAGACAUGUAUCUGCAAAGACCGACUUACACCUACAACAGGAAGACAACUGCGUCUCCUGGAGCCAUUUUAGGGGAGAAGUUUGGUUUGAUGCCAUUGCCUCAUUCCCACCCACCUUGGAUUAUGAGGGGACACAGUCCUUUGGGAGGCCCUAUUGUGUGGUAUGACCAAGAGCUUUCCAGAACAUCCCUACCCCUGUAUAGCAUAUGUAUCAUAAAGUAUAUUUUCUCAUGUUACUCAAGAUGAACCAAAAAGCAGACAGUUACUAAUUGUAUAUAAAAUUUAAUCUCAGGUGAUUUUGAAACUUAUGUAUAUAACAUUUAAUCUUAAUGUUCCGUUUUUCAUAUGUAUAUAGAAAAGCCAGUGUAUCCCUGAAAAAUAAAAGGAAGCUACCAGUCCA